GGGGCUUGUCCUGGCGUCAGGCAGCUGGAGAAUGAACGGAGAAGCCGAGUGCCCUACGGACUUGGAAAUGACAGCGCCCAAAAACCAAGACCGCUGGUCGCAGGAGGACAUGCUGACGCUGCUGGAGUGCAUGAAGAACAACCUGCCCUCCAACGACGGGAGCAAGUUCAAAACCACCGAGUCCCACCUGGACUGGGAGAAGGUGGCGUUCAAGGACUUCUCGGGGGAGAUGUGCAAGAUGAAGUGGAUGGAGAUUUCCAACGAGGGGAGGAAGUUCCGGACCCUCACGGAGCUCAUCAUGGACGCGGAAGAGCACGUCAAGAACCCCUACAAGGGCAAGAAGCUCAAGAAACACCCCGACUUCCCCAAGAAGCCGCUCACUCCCUACUUCCGCUUCUUCAUGGAGAAGCGCGCCAAGUACGCCAAGCUGCACCCCGAGAUGAGCAACCUGGAUCUCACCAAGAUCCUCUCCAAGAAGUACAAGGAGCUUCCCGAGAAGAAAAAGAUGAAAUACAUCCAGGACUUCCAGCGGGAGAAGCAGGAGUUCGAGAGGAACCUGGCGAGGUUCAGGGAAGACCACCCGGACCUCAUCCAGAACGCCAAGAAAUCCGACGUCCCCGAAAAGCCCAAGACCCCCCAGCAGCUGUGGUACAACCACGAGAAGAAGAUCUACUUGAAAGUGCGUCCAGAUGCCACCACGAAGGAGGUGAAAGAGUCGCUGGGCAAGCAGUGGUCUCAACUGUCGGAUAAAAAGAGGCUGAAAUGGAUUCAUAAGGCCCUGGAACAGCGGAAGGAGUACGAGGAGAUCAUGCGCGACUACAUCCAGAAGCACCCCGAGCUCAACCUCAGCGAGGAGGGCAUCACGCGCUCCACGCUCACCAAGGCCGAGCGGCAGCUCAAGGACAAGUUCGACGGGCGACCCACGAAGCCACCACCGAACAGCUACUCCCUGUACUGCGCCGAGCUGAUGGCCAACAUGAAAGACGUGCCCAGCACGGAGCGGAUGGUGCUGUGCAGCCAGCAGUGGAAGCUGCUCUCGCAGAAGGAGAAGGACGCGUACCACAAAAAGUGCGAUCAGAAAAAGAAAGACUACGAGAUCGAGCUGCUCCGCUUCCUGGAGAGCCUGCCCGAGGAGGAGCAGCAGCGGGUGCUGGGCGAGGAGAAGAUGCUGGGGGGCCACCGGAAAGGGGCCACGAGGCCCGCGUCCAAAAAAGGCCCCGUGUCGCACCCGAAGACCAGCUCGUAGAAGCCCAAGCGGCCCAUCUCUGCCAUGUUCAUCUUCUCGGAGGAGAAGCGGAAGCAGCUGCAGGAGGAGCGGCCGGAGCUGUCGGAGAGCGAGCUCACGCGGCUGCUGGCGCGCAUGUGGAACGACCUCUCCGAGAAGAAGAAGGCCAAGUACAAGGCGCGGGAGGCGGCGAUGAAGGCGCAGUCGGAGAAGAAGCACGGCUCCGAUAAGGAGGAGCGCGGCAAGCUGCCCGAGUCCCCCAAGACGGCCGAGGAGAUCUGGCAGCAGAGCGUCAUCGGCGACUACCUGGCUCGCUUCAAGAACGACCGGAGCAAAGCGCUGAAGGCCAUGGAGGCCACUUGGAACAACAUGGAGAAGAAGGAGAAGCUCAUGUGGAUCAAGAAAGCGGCGGAGGAUCAGAAGCGAUACGAGCGGGAGCUGAGCGAGAUGCGGGCCCCGCCGUGCUCCACCAACGCUGCCAAGAAGAUGAAGUUCCAGGGCGAGCCCAAGAAACCCCCCAUGAACGGUUACCAGAAAUUCUCCCAGGAGCUGCUCUCCAACGGGGAGCUGAACCACCUGCCGCUCAAGGAGCGCAUGGUGGAGAUCGGCAGCCGCUGGCAGCGCAUCUCCCAGGGCCAGAAGGAGCACUACAAGAAGCUCGCCGAGGAGCAGCAGAAGCAGUACAAGGUGCACCUCGACAUCUGGCUCAAGAGCCUGUCCCCGCAGGAGCGAGCCGCCUACAAGGAGCACACCUCCAACAAACGCAAGAGCAUAGGGAAGAUGCGGGGCCCCAACCCCAAGAUGAAGCCCACGAUGCAGUCCAAGUCGGAGUCCGAGGAUGACGACGAUGACGAUGAUGACGACGAGGAGGACGACGACGAAGACGACGAUGAUGACGACGACAACGGCGACUCGUCGGAGGAGGGCGCCGACUCCUCCGAGUCGAGCAGCGAGGAGGAGAGCGAGGACGGGGACGAGGACAGGGGCGGCGGGGGGCCGGGGAGGCAGGACGAGAACGACGAGGAUGAGGACGAGGAGGACGAGGACGACGAGGACGACAACGACUCGGAGGGCAGCAGCUCCUCCUCCUCCUCCUCGGGGGACUCGUCCGACUCCGACUCCAACUGA